GAGGAGUUUAUCACCUCAGUGUUGGAAACAGCCCCUGAGCUGCUCACUGACACAGAGAGAGUCCAACUAGUGAUUGGUCUUCGUGCAAAGGUAAGACAACUUCAAAGAGUUUUUUAAUGGUCCUGUGAUGUUGUAAAGAAAAAAAUGUAUUUUAAACGAGGAAUUUGUGAAGCAUGGUGCAAAUAAUCACCUCUCCUGUAAAAAUGAGGUUGUAUUCUAGAUUUUUUUUUUCCAUUACACUAAGAGGUUAAGUUAUAGUGAUUAAUUAAGGUAUGUGAUGUUGUUAAUAUAUAAGUUAAAGGACAUAACCACAUUUUGAUGCUAAACAAAAAAAUGUCAGCAUUCUAUAGUUACUAAAAGUUACUAAAAAGUAACCUUAAGACUGUAAUCAUGAUGCCCUAACAGUGUAGAGCAGAAAUGUGAUCAAACUAGUUUAAAUUAGCUUUAUCUUCUCCAGCUAAAUAGCGUUAAUAAUGUGUUUAUGAAACACAUUUUAUAAUACUUGUAGAAAUGGAUUUUAAUUUUCCCUCCCAUUUGCCUGUGAUGCUUUGGUCUUUUAAAGCCAAAGUAAUAACAUUCAUGUUAUAGAAUAAGAUUAAUUGUGUGUAUAGUCGACUGAUAUGGUAUUUUUGGGGUCGAUACUGGUUUUAAAGAGAGAGAGAAAUGUUCCCAUACCUUAUUACCUGCGCUGACCUUGAUAACCAUUUCAAAAUCCAACCAAUUCAGCAGCCACAAUCAUCACUCAUCUGUCAGACCACCAACAAAGCAAACGCGUCUUACUGAUUUUUUUUUUUUUUUUUACCGUCUGAAGGUCUCGUCUCAGUCAUAAUAUUCCAACAAAAAAACAGUCCUUCUGCAUCAGAACGAUCCAAUUUCAGUAAUGAUUAAAUCCAAACACAUUACAUCCAUAAAGAUUCACGGAUUCAUUAAAAAUGUCCAUCACUGUUGAACUAAAUGAGAGUGGAGGCUUCAGGAUAGUGGAGGUGUUGCCAAGGAGACUGUCGGCUGUCGGUCUGUUGGUGAGCGGUCGCUGCCCUAGUCUUUGCGGUGUGUCCAGCUCUGUCGCUACCGGUUGGCCCCAGUUGGCCUUUUUUUGGCCCACUCUACAUGUUGAAUCUGAGGAGUCGUCGCCGGCGCGGUUGGGGAUAGGAAUCUCUCUGAUUGGCUGUUCAGCUAAGCGAAACAGGAGAGCCAGUGCACAGGAAGAAAUACGGAAGCGCCUCUUCUAUUCUUGUUCCACUAAUAAAAGACCAAAGGCUGACAACGCCAGUUCCAUUUUCAACUUUUUAUCAGACCUUAUUCUCCAUUAGAAGUACCUAUGUUACGAGAGUUGUGCAGCAACAGUGAGAAAAUUGUCUUCUCGUAUCACAACAACGGUUUAUUUAUCCGCGUUCUUCCUCGUCCUCUUCCGGUUUCCCCUUUUUGGAAUGACGAUUACAGACUACCAUGGAGAGUCUGUAAUGCCUCUUGCGCAGAAUGUACAUGGUUGUUUGGCCAUUGACUAAAGUCUUUGCGGUGUGUUCUAGUGCAACUUUUUGGCCAAGAUCAAAGGCGUCACCCACUACUUCCUGGCACUCUGCUUGGUGUGUCAGGGCCUUUAGGGUGCACUAACACUAGGCAAAGUUGUCCCGUACCGUGCUUCAGAACGAUUGUCCCCCCUCCUCAUUCCCCCACUGGCCCGCACUCACUGCUCCAGGACUAACCGGGCCUGAGCACAGUUAUCUUUUGAACAUGAUGUCAUUAUACAACACAUGCAUGUCUUUAAGUGAUCAUGCAAAACCUGCUGAGUUUACAAGACAGGUGGACUCGAGAGAAAAAAAUAGGGACGUACUGUCGGGUCCGCGUCUGCACAUCGGAGAACAAGUCAGCUACUUUACAGACUUUGUGUCUUAUUUUGAGUCAUUUUAGUCAGAUACAGCCAGAACACCCCGGGAUUUCACCAUAAUGAAAGCUGUCAAUGUUGUGUACCCAUGCUUGUGCUCGUGCCCGUGCAUGAACGGUGUACCGUGCCGAAGCACACCUCUUCAAGCGUGCCAGGGCCAAGGAAGUGCUUGAGCAUAGAUCAGAGCGCUCACACUAGUCAAACGAGCUGGACUUCAGAGGUGAAGCAUGCUUGGUCAUGGUACUGAUUGCCUAGUGCGGUGCUAGAGUUGUGCCGCAAUGAUGCAUUUUCUGACCAGCAGGCUUUUCAGCAUCAUCUGAGCCAAAUAAAUACCUUCAUUACAAACCAGGAUAAAGAGACUUCCAAUUCUGAGAUGAAAGUUUCAGUUACAAACUUCCUGAGGCUUGUUCACACUCUAAUGGAAGAUCACUGUCAGAGGGAUAUCUUUUAUAAGAACAUCUUCCCAACACUGUUUGGUCCUAAAUAUGACUCAGCGCUACAGGCUCUAAUGACGAAAUUCCUCCUCAAUCUGCAUGAGCUGCUGCCUGUUCCUAACCUUGAACAAACUUCCCUUUGGUUCAGUCUCUCUCCUUCUAUCUUGAAAGAGUGUGUAGACUUCAUGAACCAGUCUAAGCCACUUAAAACACUUAUCCAGCAUCACAAACACCAUGGGCACAAAGUUCCUAAAGCUUUGUCUUCCUCUGGGGAUGAUUGCAUCCUUUCCAGCCUGUCGUAUCACCUACCAAAUGUGGACAAAGACAAAGGGGAUGUAGUUGUCAAAACUGAACCCACAUUUGACUCUGAUGAUUGGCAGGCAGAUAACCUAUUGAGCAGUGAUUCAAAACAAGUUGAAGAAGACAAUGUUAAUGUGUUCUAUUCUGAAUUUGUGAAAAAUGAGGAAGAAUAUGGACAGCAGUGUGUCAGUGAUGUAACUGAAGAUCAGGGAGCAUCUGUUGAAGUAACAGUUCCAUUUUUUGAGGAAAAUGAGUCCAGUGAUGGUGACCACAUGGAUGAAAAAUGGUUCAAUCACUUGGGAACUUGCAGUCGGACAUCUAAUGAGGACGGCAGUCUUGUUUGUCAUGUUUGUACCAAAGAUUUUGAUUGCCAAAAACUCUUUGACGAACACAAGAGGAUGUGUGCGGGCAGAAUCAAAGGACAAGAAGAGAUGGACCCACAUGGUUCCUCAAGCUCGGCUUUUCACACUGAACGACUCCCUAUUGAUAAAUUAAACAAGUCUGUUCCUUUUGACAUGUCAAACAUUGCACCCCAGGAAUUAAUAUCCUCUGACUCAUCACAAGAACAAACAUCUAAAAGAAGCAGUCGCGUCAAACAAUGCUCCAUAUGCAGGGAAAUAUUUACUAGUUCUACUGACCUGAUGAAGCACAUGAGAAGCCACACUGAACAGAGUCCUUACCUUUGUUGUUAUUGUGGGGAAGACUUUGAUAGCUAUAAAGACUGCAUGACACACCAGGAAGAUAAAUGCAGAGCUUCAAACCAGUCUUCAAAAGACAGUUCAAUGAGCCAUGAAAAUAACAUGAAACAGGAGAUCAAUGAGGUUUAUAGUGAAAUAAGUCAGAGCUCGACAACUGCAGAGGCACCACCAAACUCAAAGGCUUAUAAACAACCUCUGACAUGUCCAAAAUGUUGCCAGCGUUUUACCUACCACAAGAGUUUUGAGAAGCACCAGAAAAUAUGUUCAGAAGCAGUUUCUCGGAAGAUUAAGAAAACCAACACAAUCAAUUUAAAUAAUAAUACUAGAUGUGAUAUCAUUUCAGUUGACAAGGCUAUGGAGAGCACUUCAUCCGCAGCAGUGGCUUCCAGUGAAAUAAGUCAGAGCUUGACAACUGAAGAUGCAUCAGCAGACUCAAAUGCUUACAAACAACCUCAAACGUGUCCAAAAUGUGGCCAGUGUUUUACUUACUACAAGAGUUUUGAAAAGCACCAGAAAACAUGUUUGGAAGCAGCCCCUCAAACAAAAGAGCCAACCAACACAAACUAUUUCAUCAUCAAUGGCUGUGAUUUCUUUUCAGUUGACAACACUACUGAGAUCAAUGCUGAGAAAAGUUCUCAAACAAUGGAAAGCCAAACUGCAACUUCAUCCACAGCAGAUGAUGCAGAGGGCUCCCAGUGUAAAGAUGGAACCUUUAAGUGCACCAUGUGUGAAAAAGACUUUUCAAACAUUGUGCUCAUGCAAAGACAUUACUCUGAGUCCCAUGAUUUCAGAGGCCCAUACCCCUGUACUUUGUGCAAGACAACUUUUUCCAGGUUGGCUGAAUUGGUUCACCAUCAGCAAAACAAACAGUUGUUCCAAUGCCCUGUCUGCAAGAAAGGUUUAAGAACUCCAGAAGAAAUAAAAAAACAUAAAAAAGUACAUACUCCAACACCAUGCAAAUGUGAAACAUGUGGUAAAUGCUUUAAAUCUCACUAUCCUCUGAUGCGGCACAGGAGAACACAUAGAGAACAGCCACCUGUUGUUUGUACAUACUGUGGGAAACAGUUUGCUUCAAAAAACUACCUGAAAGCUCAUAUGGUGAGGCAUACAGGUGGUUACCCAUGCCCAGAGUGCGGGAAGGUAUUCUAUCAAAAAACAUACCUUACAUAUCAUCUUUAUAAACACAAAGGGCAAGAGCCGUACCUCUGCGAAACAUGUGGGAAAGGAUGGCCAAAUGCGGCUCUGCUCAAGGUUCACAUGGUUAAACAUAGAGAGGAUCGACCAUUUAAGUGUGAAGACUGUGGUGCAACUUACAAACGGGAAUCCCAUUUAAUGGCUCACCGCAGAUCCAAACAUUUGGGCUUGCGGCCAUUUGUGUGCGAGGUUUGCAGCAAGGCCUUUAGAUUAAACAAUGAAUUGAAAAAUCACAUGAAGGUACACACAGGAGAACGACCCUUCUCGUGUCCAGUGUGUGGCAAACACUUUACACAAGCCUAUAGCCUAAAGAAGCACAGAGAAAAGCCAUGUAUGUAGGAGAAAUAUAUUGUGAGCUUGUACUGUUUGAAAACUGACAGUUAUCCAUGUACCAUACCAUAUUCUACCACUACAUACUGUACAUGUACGUGUAUAUGUACAUAUGUGUCAAUGUGUGUAUGUUCAUUCAACCAAGUUGUUUUGUAUGAUUGACAGUUUUAAUAAUUGAGCCACAUAAUUAUAAAUAAAGAAUAAAAAAAAA